UGGUUCCAGUUAUGUACAUAAAUCAGGCGCCGCCGCCGCUGUGAGGGGCUGUGCAGGCAGACAGGAGGCACACAUGCACACCGCACAGCAGCGGCUCGUCGCCGCCACUGCAGCCGGAGAGCAGCGGAGCAGGAUCGGAGGCGGAAUGGCCUGAACUCAGCUCGACUCGAUCGCCUGAUGCGGCGAUGCUCCUCUGACAGCCGUCCGCUUGUCCGUGCGCGUCCGCCCGUCUGGCCGCGCAUUGCUGCAGUGCUGUUUUUUCCAGGUGUUGUGUGCGCGUGAGUACGAGAGAGCGUAUAUGUGUGCGUGCGCGUGUUGUGCAGCCUGGUGUAAUUCUCUUACGGAUUGUUCUGAGCCGGGAAACAGGAGUCUGAUGUCACAUGUGCUUCAUCGGAGGAGACGGGGCAUCUGCGAGCCGGAUUUUGUGGAGGAUGCUGCGGCAAGUGAUACACAGAGGGCUCAAGGCUUCCUUCUACUGGCUCGGCUUAUUCGUUAGCAGGCACCCCGUCUUCUUCCUCACCGUCCCCGCGGUGCUCACCAUCAUCUUCGGAUCCACCGUGCUGAGCCGUUUCAAGCCUGAGCGGGACCUGGAGGUGCUGGUCGCCCCGACUCACAGCCUGGCCAAGAUCGAGCGCAGCCUCGCCAACAGUCUGUUCCCCGUCGACCAGUCUAAGCACAAGCUGUACUCGGAUCUGCACACGCCGGGCAGAUAUGGUAGACUGAUCCUGCUGGCCAAGUCCGGGGGUAACAUCCUGGAGCUGGCCGACCAGGUCCUGCAGGUCCACAAGCAGGUGCUGGAGCUGCGCGUCACCUACAAGGGGUUCAACUACACCUUCGGGCACCUGUGCGUGCUGAGCCACAGGGACAAGCGCUGCCUGCUGGAUGAUAUCAUCACCAUCUUCCAGGACAUCCAGCAGGCUGUGCUCUCCAACAGCACCUUCCACAAGGUGCCCCUCAGCUACCCGAACACCACUUUAAAGAAUGGACGUUUGUCCUUUAUUGGACACCAACUUGGAGGGGUGUCCUUCUCAACCAACAGCAGGGACCAGCAGGUCAAGUUUGCCCGGGCCAUCCAGAUCACAUACUACCUCCGUAACCAUGGUCCCGUGGUCCAGGAUGUCAUUGCGGAGCGCUGGGAAAAUGAGUUCUGCGCUCUUGUUACUAGACUGUCCACAGCUGAGCCGCCGCACCCAACCGACCAGCUACUCAUCCAGUCACUCACCUCCUUCAGCCUGUGGCAGGACUUUCACCAGACUGGUGUGCUGUCGAAGGGGGAGGUGCUGGUCAGCCUGGUUCUGGUUCUCCUAGCUGCCACCAUCUCCAGCUCUAUGAGGGACUGCCUAAGAGGAAAGCCUUUUCUUGGCCUUUUGGGUGUGCUGACCAUUUGCAUCGCCAACGUGACAGCUGCAGGGAUCUUCUUCAUAUCGGAUGGGAAAUUCAAUUCCACGCUGCUGGGGAUUCCGUUCUUCGCUAUGGGUCAUGGAACCAAAGGGGUGUUUGAACUUCUGGCAGGGUGGAGGAGAACAAGGGAAAACCUGCCAUUCAAGGAGCGUGUGGCUGACGCCUUUGCAGAUGUGAUGGUGUGCUACACCAUGACGAGCUCACUCUACAUCAUCACCUUUGGCAUGGGAGCUAGCCCUUUCACCAACAUUGAGUCUGUGAAAAUCUUCUGCCAGAGCAUGUGUGUUGCCAUCUUGGUCAACUACUUUUAUGUUUUUUCUUUUUAUGGCUCUUGCUUGGUGUUUGCUGGACAGCUCGAGCAGAACCGAUACCACAGUGUUUUCUGUUGUAAGAUCCCGUCAGUAGAAUAUUUGGACCGCCAGCCGACUUGGUUUAAAACCAUGAUGAGUGACGGCCAUGACCUGUCCACGCACCAUGACAGUGUGCCAUACCAAAAUCACUUCAUCCAGCACUUCCUACGUGAACAUUACACUGAGUGGAUUACCAACACAUAUGUGAAACCUUUUGUGGUCAUUCUAUAUCUCAUCUAUGCUUCUUUUUCCUUCAUGGGAUGUUUACAGAUCAGUGAUGGGUCGAAUAUAGUGAACCUGCUGGCCAGUAAUUCACCAAGCGUUUCGUUUGCUGCUACCCAGCAGAAGUACUUUAGUAAUUACAGCCCUGUAAUUGGGUUUUAUAUCUAUGAGCCUAUUGAGUAUUGGAACUCCACUGUGCAGGAGCACCUAAAGACUCUAAGCCAUGGCUUCAACAAGAUGUCCUGGAUGGACAACUUUUUCCAUUACCUCCGGGUAGUGAAUGUCAGUGCAUCAACUAAGAGUGACUUUAUCAACAUCCUGAAGGGUUCUUUCUUGCGCAGUCCAGAGUACCAGCACUUUACAGAGGACAUAAUCUUCUCUAAAAACCGCGAAACUGACGAGUACGACAUCAUCGCCUCACGGAUGUACUUGGUGGCACGGACCACAGAGAAGAAGAGGGAAGAGGUGGUGGAGCUCUUGGAAAAACUUCGUCCCUUGAUGCUAAUCAACAGCAUCAAAUUCAUUGCCUUCAAUCCCACAUUUGUGUUCAUGGACCGCUACAGUUCCUCUGUCAUCUCACCAAUCUUGACCUCAGGCUUCAGCGUACUUACCAUCCUUAUUCUUACAUUCUUCCUAGUCAUUAACCCUUUGGGAAACUUCUGGCUCAUUCUCACGGUUACGUCCGUGGAGCUGGGUGUUUUGGGAUUGAUGACCCUCUGGAAUGUUGGCAUGGACAGCAUCUCAAUCCUGUGCCUUAUUUAUACACUCAACUUCGCUAUGGAUCACUGUGCACCACACCUGUACACUUUUGUGUUGGCCACUGAGCACACCAGGACGCAGUGCAUCAAGCUGGCACUGGAGGAGCACGGGGCGGCGAUCCUGCAGAACACAUCCUGCUUUUUGAUCGGGAUCAUGCCUCUGGUGUUUGUGCCUUCCAAUCUGACCUACACGCUGUUCAAGUGCUCCCUACUCACGGCGGGAUGCACCCUGCUGCACUGUUUCGUCAUCUUGCCCGUAUUCCUGACUUUCUUUCCACCAUCCAAAAAGAGGCACAAGAAAAAAAAGAGGGCAAAGCGGAAAGAGCGGGAGAGGGAACGAGAGAGGGAGAGGGAAAGAGAGGAGAUAGAGUGCAUUGAAGUCAGGGAAAAUCCUGAUCAUGUGACAAAUGUUUGAGUAGGUUUUGACAUCAUGAUCAGUAACUGUGGGUUAUUGGUAGACUCUCAGAUGCAGAAGCAUCUGUUAAGAUGCAGGGAGCAUAUAGUGUCCGUCAUGAAGUGGUGGCCACCAGAUAGUAGCAGCUAAGCUGACCAGGGGAGGGUGCAGCUCCACUGGUCAUUCAGUCCCUAAGUCCAGACAGUCAUUAGCACAAACUGGUUACUUACUGUAAGCUUUUCCCAAAUUUUAGAAGUAUAAAGGAAUUUAGUUGCCAAAACUUGCCUGCAAAAUCUUAAAAUAAAAUAAAAACUAAACACAUACAUUUACCUGUCUAUUUUGAUGCCAAGGGUUGUAUGUUCAUCUCCUUUAUUAAAAGUAGAUAACAAGGUGUUAUCGAGUUAUCUUAAAGGGUUUCACGAUUAGCUGUGACAACAGACUUUAUUUGAGAAACAUUUAUUUUCAAUGUAAAUCCAAAACAGAAAAAUUACUGAAAGCUAUUAAUUUGAAUGAAUGUAAAUAGAAUAUUGUCACACAGAUGUCGCCAUGUUGUUUACCCUGCAAUGCAUUUUGCAUUAAUGAUGAAUGCUAAGUCUGGCAACGCCAACUCUGUCCAGCACAAAACUAUGAAUGAAGAACUUCUUCAGGUUGAAAUCGAGCGCAUGAAAAUUUAUGUCGAUAUAAAAAUCACAAGAGGUAAUGAAGAUGGUGAGGACGAAACAGAGGAAGAUGGGAGAAUUGGCCAAAGAAGAUGGUAUUUGUGAGGUUCCUGCUCAGAGAUGCUAACUAGUGUUGCACCAAUACUGAUAGCAGUAUAGGGCAGGGCUCCAAUCCAGCACUAAAAUUGUGGUAUCGGUAUUGGCACUGAUACCAUUUUGAGAGCCAAAAGUUUAUUCAACUAUUGUCAUAAAUUCCAGGUAGGCAAUAAAAAGUUCUUCUGGAUUCACUUUGUAUUAGUCUUUUUCCUGCUUAACAAAUGUAGGCAGCAGCUUGAUAAAGCCAUGAUGGCAAUUAUUUUACAUCCAAGGAGUAUGCAGUUCUUUUUAUAAACACACACAUCAACUUCAAACAUGGUAUCGGUAUGGGCCAAUCUGCACAACCAGGUAUUGGUAUCAGGGCCAAAAAAAAUGGCAUUGAUGCAACACUAUUGCUAAUCCAGAUAGAGAGCUAUGCUAAAAGAAGCACCAGUUAUCAAAACAUUUUCUCGGAUAUAUGAUGUGAUUCAAGGACUAAAAGAUGCUUCACUGUCAUUCUAAAUUGCCGUUCAUUAUCUUUCAAUUUGAUUAUGAUUCACGCUAGCUCCCGCUAAUGGUGUUAGCUAUAGCUUAUAUAGUAAACAGUAGAUUACAGUCUUUUAUCAAUGGUCUGUUUCAACAGAUAUCUCAUGUAUAAUGGUUCAUGAAUACCUUGAGGCAGUGUUGUAUUGUCUAAAUUUACACAAGUGAAAUGCUUUACAAUAAACAACAACUGUGGUAAAGUUAGCUAUCCUGUAUUUACUCUGUAGGUUCCAGUCCAUUUAGGCCUGACUGUGUCAUCAAUUGCAUGCAUUGCAAAGGUGAAAAAAUAGCGACCUCCAUGGGUAAAAAAUAUAACUGAGGAUAUAUAAUUUUGGAAGUAAAUAUGAAAUUAUACAUAUUGCAAGUGGAUAUUUUUUAAGUUAAUUGGAAAGUUACAACAUAUUUAUGCCAACAUGUUCUCCUAGUCGUGGAUCCCUUUAACGGGCAGAAAGAGGGAUUAAGUGAGCAGAAGUAAACAGGCAAUGAUGAGUCUACAUGCACCUUACUUUUGCCACCGCAGUAUCAGCUAAAGGAGAUGAAACCAAAUGAUGAGAGAAAAAAAAUACAGUAGGCCUGAAAGCCUACUUCAUGCUUUCUGUAGCAUCCAAAAUAGCUCAACAGCUGAACCUAGCAGAUGGCUUACACUGUGCCCAUUACCAAGAACUGUCUUGCACAAUGAAUUGUGAUGGUAGAAUUGUCAAGGUAUAGCAAAAACAGAAGACAGCAUUUCUAUUAGUUCCAGUUCGUGAAAAUGCUUAAGCAGGGACCGAUAAUGCUACAUUGAGCUUCAGAGAGUAAGAUCUCGUGGGGAAUGAACGUUGUGCUGCAACAUUUCACAGGCAGUAAGCCUCAUUCUAGCAGCAUAUCUAUACUGCUCUGAAUUGUAGAAGUUAAACCAAAAUGUCAACUUAUUAUGCUGAAGUCUAUAACUGAUCAAUCAUUAAAGAAAUUCUCACUUAGUACAUGAUUGUCUUUUGGUGCCCUUACAAGGUCAUUGUCAGGUUCAGUUCCUAUUAAUAGUGCCAAAUAGUGUACAGAUGCUUUUGUUCUCUAGUUUUCUAUUAAAACAAAGUAACUCUGGGUUUUAUAAUUAGCGGUGGGCAGAGAUUAAUUUUUCUAAAUCUAGAUUAAUCUUACUCUAAUCUUGGAAUUAAUCCUGAUUAAAAUCACUCAUUGGAAUUCCGCCAAAGGCAUUCAUAAUACGUGUGUGCUACCUCCAGAAUUUUAAAUAACAAGUUUACUUUUUUUGUUUGCAAAAUCACAUGUAAUAUUGUCUUCUUACUUAAGAUUUUGGCAAAGUUAUAAAUACUUUUUUGUACCACUUCCAGGGUGUCCCACUUCCAAUUAUAGAUGUCCCUCUUUAAAAAUAUAGUGUCUCCAAAAAUCCGACUUUGGAAGAUGUGAAGAUCCCAAGGUUUUUAAAAAUGUAUCAUGACCAUUUUGAAAUUUUCUUCAUAUUUCUUAUACAUGGAUGCCCUAAAAUUGAAUUUUGGUGGAUAGAUAAAUGCCCAGAAAUACUUCCCCUGUCGCAGGAGUGUGCAUCUCCUCAGAGUCUUGCACAUUGAUGAGAAAAUGGAUUGACAUAUAAACAAAAAGGGAACUCUUAAACAUAUUCUUAAUUUUUUUCAAAAUUCUGAUGUAUGCAUGCCCUAAAAUUUAGUUCUGGUGGAUAGAUAUAUGCCCAGAAAUACCUCCCCUGUCUGGGGAGCGCACAUCGCCCUGAACUCUCACAGAUUGAUGAGAAAAUGGUUUGAAAUAUGAAUGCAAAAGAGAACUUUUAAAGAUAUUCUUAAUGUUUUUAUCAGAAAUCAUAAAGAAUGUUGUUAAUAGCAAAACCGAGACUAACCAUCCAAUGAGCAGAGUAUAUAUAUUCAUCAGACACUGACUGUAGCACAUCGACUAAAACGUGUCUCCAUACAAGUGAAUUUAUUCAAAUUCAUCUGUUCACCAAAACUCUCAAUUUUAGGGCAUACAUGCAUAAGAUUCCUUCAUAAUUCAAUCUGUUUUCUCAUGAGUGUGCGAGAAGGGAGGUAACACCGGCGUCUGUAUAGCUGGAUCCAUGUCAGCACGUUACGUUCGAUGUGGUAAUUUCACAGUAUGGCUACACUGAUCUGUUUUCGCCCCUAGAUAUAUAUCCGCGCUUAACUAUCAUGUUGAAAGUCAUCAUUAGUAUAGACCCAGCUCCCAACACAACUGUGAGAAUAGAUUAACGGCAAUAUUUUUUUGAUUGCCCGAUAAGAGUGGAGUUAACGCGCUGCGCUAACGCCGAUAAUGGCCCACCACUAGUUUUAAUAUUCAUAUAGAGCAACCAUAAAUCAGAGCUCCUUCAUGGUUGAACUCAGUGUAUAUUGAAAAUGAAGAUGAUUCAGGUUUCACAACAGGAAAGGAGACCAAUAAAUAUUUAUCACGAUGUAGUCUGAACGAAAAAACAGUGUUUAUGUGAAAUCUCAGAAUCUACAUCCCAUAAUUAAAGCGUAAAAAAAUUAUUUUUAAAUGACAAAAUCUUAUUUUUUUUAGUGAGUUGUUCCCUCUGAAUGUCUUAGUGAGACGAGUAGUUUUUUGAAAGUUGUCGAUUUUUAUUAAUACACAAUAUAUUCUUUUGUUCAGAAUUUUAUUUUCAGAUGUUGGGCUGGUUUUAGACAUUUUUUAUCAGGUUUUCGUUUAUGGACGCUCAGUAAAUUGAAAAAAAUGGCUUAAAGCUGACAUUAUAAUAGCAAAUCUAUCAUGUCAAAAGUUAAUAGUUUAGCUAAUAUUUUCAAUUAUAUUAUUAUAAAGCAAUGUUUAAUAUGACCUGCUUUUAUUGAAACAAAUUCUAAACUUAUUCCCACCGCUGCUGUUAGAGUAACACACAGUAGUAAAUAUUACACUUAUAUUAAUCCUUAAACAAUCACUAGGUUGCGUUUAAAGCAUAAUCAAAAGAGUAAGAAAAAGCGUCUGCUAAAUUUCUGUAGCUGUUAAGCUUAUUGUCCAGGAAGUGAGCAAUUGGUGGUGUUUCUGUGUGCUUUUCAUUGUUAAAAAUGUUUUAGUCAACCAAAUUAACUUUUUUUCCCCCUAACAAAAUGCAUACCCAGAACUCACUAGAAAAGUACUGCAGCAGCUUGAGCUAACAUAACGUUAACUGUUCAGAUUUUCACAAAGCAAAAUACACUGCUCAAAAAAAUAGAGGGAACUUGUAAACAAUGCAAUAUAAAGUCAAUCAAAUCAAACUUCUGGGAACCCAAGCUGUCCACUUAGGAAGCAGCACUGAUUGACAAUCAAUUUCACAUGUUGUGUAAAUUGAAUAGACAACAGGUGGAAAUCAUUGGCAAUUAGCAAGACACACUCAUUGAAGGAGAGGUUCUGGAGGUGGGGAUCACAGACCACUUCUCAGUACCUAUGAUUACUGGCUGAUGUUUUGGUCACUUUAGAAUAUUGGUUUUGUUGUCAAACUCGUGGUAGCAUGAGACGGACUCUACAACCUAUACAAGUGGCUCAGGUAGUGGGAGGGGAGUGUUGGCCUAGCGGUCAGGGCAUAGAGCUUGGAAUCCUGAGGUUCUAAAUUCCAGCCCCACUCCCACAAACUGCAUCUCUUGUUUUUUAACAAGAACCUGGGCACCACUCAAUGGUAGUUCAAUACUCCCCGAAGGAUUAGAUGCAGAGGUAAUACAUUUUUUUUUUCUAAAUGUGAAAUCAAAAAGGGUUAAUUAGUGCAUCUCAUCCAGGAUAGCACAUCAAUGCGAGCUGUGGCAAGAAGGUUUGCUGUCUCUUUAUGCAAGGAGAAACAGGCGGAGCACUGCUAGAGCCCUGCAAAUGACUUCCAACAGGCCACAAAUGUACAUGUGUCUGCAUAACAGUUAGAAACCGAUUCCAUGGGGAUGGUAUUAGGGCCCGACGUCCACAGAUGGGUUUGUGCUCACAGCUUAACACCAUCCAGGAUGCUUGGCAAUUGCCAGAGAACACCAGAAUUGGAAAAUUUGCCACUGGUGCCCUGUGCUCUUUGCAGAUGAAAGCAAGUUCAAACUAAGCUAUUUGAUACACUAUUUGACAAACUUGACAGAAUCUGGAGACACCAUGGAGAGUGAUCCACUGUCUACAACAUCCUUGAGUAUGACCAGUUUGGCAGUGAGCGAUUAAAUGUGUUUUGGGAUGGCAUUUCUUUGGAGUGCCACACAGUGCUCCCAUGUGCUCGCCAGAGGUAGCAUGACUUCCAUUAGAUAUCAAGUGAGAUCCCCAUACCCUUGCAAGAUUACAUUCUGGUGAGUUUAACCCUGGGUUCCUCUUAAUGCAGGACCAUUCUAGACCUCAUGUGGCUGGAGUGUGUCAGUAGUUCCUACCAGAUGAAGGCAUUGAAGCUAUGGACUGUCCCACCCGUUUCUCAGACAUUAAUUCAAAUGAGCACAUCUGAAACAUCAUGUCUUGAUCCAUCCACUACAGUGUCCAGGAGUUAGCGGAUGCUUUAGUUCAGGUCUGGGAGGAGCUCCCUCAGGAGACCAUCGGCCACCUCCUGAGGAGCAUGCCCAGGCCACCUACAAUAGUGAGCCUAAUUUUGAAUUGUUUUAAGGACAUUACAUCACAAUUAAAAUUGUGUUUUUCCAAUUUUUUGUAUGACUCCAAAUCCAGGCUUCCACUAGUUAAAACAUUUGAUUUCCAUUCGUGAAUUUUGGGUGAUUUUAUUUUCAGCACAGAACAAAGUAUUCAAUGAAAAUAUUUCAUUCAUUCAGAUUAAAGUGAAAUGAAGAUUGAGUGUUGACUUUAUUUUUUGAGCAGUGUAUAAGAGUUCAAUGAUACUACACAUGUUUGGUGUAUUCUUACCGAAUUAGCUCAUUUACAAAUGUGUGUAUCAGUAGAGGAGUUACAAAGAUGAUAGCUCUUGUACCAUUUGAUAAUCUUUGUUUAAUUUUAAUUUUGAUUGAUUGAUUGAUUUCCCCCUUGGUUUACAAUUGGAAAUGUGUCCAAGCUGUUUUUAAAACCAAUGACAGCUUGCCCUGCUAUGAAAAUAAGAAUUGGCAUUGAAAACUAAACACUGAAAAGUCAAAUAUUGUAAACAUUGACAUGAAAAAAGCAAAGAUUGCUACAGAGAAAGGAAACAAACUUACAAUGUUUUGAUGUAUUUUUUUCCAAUGAGAGAUUUCUUUUAUUGUCACUGCAGAGUUCUUUUAGUUAUGUCAGUACAACCUGGCACUGUUUUGGUGUUGGCAGUGGCUCUAAACUGAAGGCUCUCUAAGGGGCCUUCAGUUUUUCCCAAAUUUUUUGUCAUCUACCUGCAUUGAACUUAAGUAGGCUUCUAUCAAAGCACUGUUGCCUAACCACAAGUAAGGGUAUUAUAUUUAUCAUCAAUAGCUGUAUGAACCGACAAGUGUUCCAGUAAUUUCCCACCAAGAUAUGGCUGAGUUACAGCAUUUCUUAUUAUUGCAUUCAUAAGCCCAUGCUCUUCAACAAGGACACUUGCUUCUAACUCUUAGGGAGACAGGAGCAAACAAACUCCAGGUUCCUUUUGUGCUUAAUUACACAAAACGGUAGUCUUGAGAACUUUUAACACUACUUUAGCUGGUAGUUGAACUGAGCUAUGAAAUAGUAGUGGCAACAGUUUAUACAGCCAACAAAGAUACUAUUUAAAAUAUUCCCCUUGGUUGAGGUGAUCCACAGGCUUUCAAAAUUUCACUGCAGGUAUCUUGUAAAUGAAAAGGAGUGCUGAAAAAACAGGAGGCCCCUGAAGGAGCCUUUGGUUUAACCCUUCCCCAAUGCCAAAAUAGUGUCAGCUUAUAUUGACAUUGUAACUGAGGAGACUGGAGUGACCCUGAAACCAUCUCUCUUUGAAAAACAAGCUGCACCACAACUUUAUUUUACAUAGCAAGUCUCUGUUUCUCCUACGAAAAUGCAAAGUGUUACUGGUUUAGCUCCAUAAAGAAGCAAUUUUAUGAAAAUUCCAAUGGGAGGAGCUGGUUUUUGCCCUCAAUGUAUUUGAUCAUGUAGUAUCUUGAAAACAUGUUAGUGUUUAAGUAUUUAUCUAAAAGUGACUUCUUCAAAACAAUGGUAUUCUUAAUAGUGAAAUCGCUAGCAGCAACUGAGUCACAAUUGAUUAAAUAGUACACCAUAAAUUCUGAUGAGGUUAACCUCAUAUUCAAAGCUGUCUAAAAUGGACACUAUCACCUAAGCGGGUAAAUAGCUUUACAUUUAUCUACCAUAGCUCAAUAAGUAUCUCUGUUGAACUUUCAGAACACACACAGUCAAGGUUACCAGCCCAGACAGAUACCCAUCUCACAAUGACCUCUGGCGGGAAAGUCUUAGCUGGUAGUAUGUAAUCAAAGGAUCCCAUAUGUGUGCAGGUAUAGCUGAUUACAGAGCAGUCAAUAUCUCAUUUGAGAACUGCUGGGGUUGCACAUGGUUGGCUAUGAUGUAAAAAAAAAAUGGUCUUGUUUCUCAAAGACCUCAACUAAUACCACAGUCUGACCUGUGGUCACUAUCUUCAUGCUGAAGCAAAUUUCAUGGUAAAAAUAAAUAGGUAGUUUCACAAAGAAUAGCAAAAUUUGUGUAAUUAGUUACUAAUUAUCCGAAUGUCACUGAGCCCACUGUUAUGUGUACUUUGACUUGAUUUAAAAAAAUCCCAGACAAAAACUGAAAAAAAAAGAAUUAUAGUCUGCUAUGAAUGAACACUGUGUUAGUGGGGUUAGAAAGUAACUGUUGGUGUGAACCUCUCGCUGAAGGUGUAACUAUCAUCAACCAGUUAUAGUCCUGCAAAGGAAUUAGGCCUUUCUGUAGCCGUUUGCCACAGCAAAUACAGUGAAUGUCACUUACUGUAAAACCCAUGUCAUGUAUGUAUAGCGGGAUGGCAUGAAAUGUUUGAUUAAUGGUACUGAAAUGCAAAUCUUAAAUAAUUUACUUCCCAAAAAUGAACUGUGCUCGCAUGGCAUUGUGUUGUAUGUAUGCAUGUAUUUCUUUUCUGUUUUUUAUUUUUAUUUUUUUGUAUGAAGUCUCCGUAUUUUUUAGGAACUCCUUUUCAUGAGCUGUAGUGACUUCUAUUUGUUGUUGCAAUGCAUAUUCUGUGACACCUCGUGCUGCAAAAGAACAAAAUGAGUCAUGUUCCAAAAAAAAAAAAAAAAAGCCAGAGGACAUUCGAACUGUAAGAUAACUGUA